AAAAAUGAAAAAGCAUUUAAAAGGGAGACAUUUUUAGGGUUGUGGCUAUAAUGAUCACCAAUGGCAUGCGGCAUUCCACUUUCAAAAACAACACUUUUGUUGUUGUGCUAACAAAUUUGAUCCUUUUCACUGGCAUCAUUAAUGUUUUCCCUCCUCACUCUUUCUCCUCUCUCUAAAAUCACUAUACUGUUGUACCAUUCAAAUUAAAGAUUGUGCGAACUGCAGAGUAAACUGCAGUAGAGUUUUAACUAACCCUCAGAUCAACGAAAAAAAGAGUCUCGGAUCUGUUGCAUUCGAGCUUAAAGCUAAGAUUUUUAUUAGGAUGGGUUUGAUUUGUGGGUGAACCAAACUAAGUUGAUUGUCGGUUAUUUAUUACUGUCGACGGUUUUGUGAGUGUUCUCUUCUCUUCAGAGGAAACAACCUCGUACGUACAUUCAUGUUCUUGUAGGUUUCAUUGCCAUGGAGCUGAAUUCACAGCCGAGACCAUUUUCAAUCAAAUUAUGGCCUCCUAGUCAGAACACUAGGCAGACCCUUGUGGAGAGGAUGACCAACAAUCUGACUACUAAAUCGAUUUUCACACAGAAGUAUGGAACUUUGGACCAGGAAAAGGCUGAAGAGAAUGCAAAGAGGAUUGAGGAUGUGGCUUUUGCUACAGCAAAUCUACACUAUGAGAAAGAGCCAGAUGGUGAUGGAGGUUCUGCAGUCCAGCUUUAUGCCAAAGAAUGUAGUAAGCUCCUCCUAGAUGUUCUUAAAAGAGGACCUAGUAAAAAGGAUGAUGAAGAAGUGGUGGCAUCUGUUAAUACUACUGCACCUCAUGAAUCUGUUUUUGAUAUAUCGAAAGGCCAAAGGGCCUUCAUUGAAGCAGAUGAGGCGCAGCAACUUUUAAGUCCAUUAAAGGAGCCUGGAAAUUCUUUCACCAAAAUAUGCUUUAGCAACAGGAGCUUUGGGUUAGGAGCAGCGCAAGUUGCCGAGCCCAUUCUCACUGCCAUCAAGGACCAGUUGAAGGAAGUAGAUCUAUCAGAUUUUAUUGCGGGAAGAUCAGAAGUAGAAGCUCUUGAUGUCAUGAAGAUAUUCUCAACUGCCCUAGAAGGAAGCGUCUUGAGGUCUUUAAACCUUUCCGACAAUGCAUUAGGUGAAAAAGGUGUUAGAGCAUUUGGAGCACUUUUGAAAUCGCAGAAAUGCUUGGAGGAGCUUUAUCUGAUGAAUGAUGGAAUCUCAAAGGAAGCUGCUCGAGCAGUUUGCGAGUUGAUUCCUUUCACAGAGAAACUCAAAGUUCUUCAUUUUCAUAAUAAUAUGACUGGAGAUGAAGGGGCACUAGCUAUAGCCGAGGUUGUGAAGCGUUCUCCUUUGUUGGAAGAUUUUCGCUGUUCCUCCACAAGGAUAGGCGCUGAAGGUGGAGUUGCCUUGUCUGAUGCUUUAGGGAGUUGUGCCCAUCUGAAGAAGCUUGAUUUGCGAGACAACAUGUUAGGUGUGGACGGUGGGGUUUCUCUGAGUAAAGCUCUUAGCAAGCAUGCAGAACUUAGAGAGGUAUACCUGAGCUACCUGAACUUGGAAGACGAUGGUGCAAUUGCUAUUGUUGAUGCUCUUAAGGAAUCAGCUCCUCACCUUGAAGUUUUGGAGAUGAGCGGAAAUGACAGUACAGCUGAUGCUGCUCCUGCAAUAGCAGCCUGCCUAGAAGCGAAGCAGUUUCUUUCCAAGUUGAACCUCUCUGAGAAUGAACUCAAGGAUGAAGGUGCCAAGCUGAUAACUAAGGCCAUAGAAGGCCAUGUCCAAUUAAAGGAAAUUGAUCUAAGUACCAACCAAAUACGCAAGGAUGGGGCUCAACAACUGGCUGUGACUGUGGUGCAAAAGGCUGAUUUCAAACUUCUGAACAUUAAUGGGAACUUCAUUUCUGAUGAAGGCAUUGAUGAGUUGAAGGAUAUAUUUAAAAAAUCUCCAGACAUGCUUGGUCCAUUAGACGAAAAUGACCCUGAUGGAGUAGACGAUGAUGAAGAAUCUGAUGAAGAAGGUGGUGCAGAUGAACUCGAAUCCAAAAUGAAGAACCUUGUAGUUGAUGAUUGAACUGAAGCAGUUGUAGUCUACUUUCAUGUUCUGCUGCACAAGUAACUCUUAUGACAGCAGUAGAAGGUUUUUAGACCAUUUUAUUCCUAGUAGUUUUAUGUAACUGUUAAGACGCAUCAAUUUGACAGCAGUCAAUUAUUGAGGGGCAUAAAAUGUCUGCAAUAUUUAUCGAAAUGUUGUUUUCAAUGUUUCCUUUCGAAGUUUCAUUUUACUUGGCUAGAUUAUAUACUAUUUUCAGUUGCAUCCCCGCCCACAGCCAUUAGUGUAAUGACACCUUGCAAUC